CCGGUUAGUGAAUGAGUCAUUCCGGCGAUAAAUAUACGGGACUUAAGUUAGGCUAAUAUACGGGAUUUAAAUUUAUAAAUACGGGACUUGAGGCUUGAGACCGCGGGAAUCUCAAGGAGCCAUUCUGCAAUGAAUUUCGAGUGGUGUUCUACCAGAGAGGCUCUGAUAGAGCUCGAAAGUCUUUUCAAAUGUUCUCUGUGCAAAGAACUCUACAAAGAUCCCGUGACUGUAGGUAGCUGUGACCAUCAUUUCUGUCGCUCCUGUCUUGACUCCGUGACCAACAGCGUGUGUGUCUGUCCUGAAUGCAAGAAACCGAUUUGGAACUGCGACGUGAAAGCGAGCAGAGCGUUUUCUAGCACCUUACUGCUCUGCAACAGACUCAGACAGUUGAUUGGAAUGGUCCCACAGAAGGCAACAACCCAGAGAGCGGAAAAUCCCGCCUCAACAAGAGUCAGUCAGCAGAAAGAAGGCGACAGUCUGUUCAGAAAGCCAUUGCUGCCAAUGCCAACACAAAUACCAAGAUCAGUUGAUGGCAAGAAACAAAAACAAAAUUUUCGUGUCGUUGAAAGACAAAAACAGACUCUUUGUGAGGACAAUAGAACUGAAAAGAAAAUGGAAAGUACGACUUUGGCUGGUCACAGUGGAUGUCCGCCUCUCAGUCCGAUUCCGCUCAGAACGAGGAGUCGCCUGAAGAGAAGAAAACAGACGGGUGAUCAAAGACAUUUUGCAGAUUUAAAGUGUGGGAAGCUUUUACUUGAUGCCAACAGCGAAACGUCGGAUGAAAGUGAAACCGACACAAACAGCGUUUGCACAGAAAUUGAAUCAGAAGACAACAUAAUUGCAGUCGUUGAGGAAUCCGAUGCAUCAGAGAUGUCUCCAUCAAUAAACUUUAUUUCGGAAAGCGCAAGCAGCAAGGCAACCACGUCGAGACUACGACGAGGGAAGAGGCGUUGUACUGACGGUGAUCAACGAAAAAUCUGGAGAAAUCGGAAGGGAGAGACUCUACUGCAUGUGGCUUGUAUCAAAGGACAAUGUGGAGAAGUGGAGAGCCUGUUGAGGGACGGCGCUGAUCCUAACAUGAAAGACAAUGCAGGCUGGACGCCAUUGCACGAGGCUUGUAAUCACGGCUACAGCGAUGUAGCUCGAGUUCUACUGGACGCUGGAGCUGUGGUCAACAUGCCCGGUUUCGACAAUGAGACACCACUGCAUGACGCUGUAGCUAAUGGUCAUCUGGACAUAGUGAAACUGUUGUUGAGUCGUGGAGCAUCGACAGUAUCAAGAAACUGUGAUGGUUUAACUCCUCAGGCUUAUGCAGCUAGUCCCACUGUGUCUGCACUGUUGAUGGACAGCAAAGUGUGUGUCUCAUCUCGGACUCCUGCAACUUCUCAUCUGCCUUCUCCCAAGGCUUCGGCACAUGGUGUGUGCUCACUGUCAGCGGUUGUGUUGCUGGCAACUGGUUUGAAUGACGAGCAAAAGAGUCAGUUAAAGAAGCUUGCGAAUAGACUCAAUGCCAAAGUCCAACAGGAGUUUUGCUCAUUGGUUACUCAUAUUGUGACGUCAUGCAAUGAAGAUAAUUGUUGUCCUCGUACUUUAAAGUGUCUGUUUGGCAUAUUGUCGGGAAAAUGGAUCGUUGGAUUUGAUUGGGUUACUAGUUCUCUAAAGUAUGGCAAUUGGCAAGAUGAAGAAACGUAUGAGGUAGCCGACGUGGUGGGCAUCUCGUCUUCUGCCCCACAAAAAGGACGACAAAACGCAGCUAACAAGUUACCUCGUUUAUUUGAUGGUUGCUACUUCUACUUUUUCGGUGGUUUUCAUUCUCCCAUGCCGUCUAGAGAUGAGUUAGUCAAAUUAGUUCAAUGUGCUGGAGGGAGACUCCUACAAAGAGAGCCCAAACCUCUGGACGAGUGGCAAGCAACCGUUCCUUAUCACAAACACGACAGUCAAACAUGUACACGGUACAUCGUCUACGACCAGAAGUCAAAUCAGAGACCGUGUCAUGUGAGAAGUUCGACUGUUGCUGUGGUGCCGUGCCUGUGGCUUAUCGACUGUAUCAUGAAGUUUGAACUCUUGCCUGUGACAGGACUCUAACCGAUUGGAUAGUUGACUUAUGUUCAGGUUAAAGAUCAUUGACACUUGCAGAUGUGUCCCAUAGUACCUACUGUCUUGGUAGCUUUGGUGAUUGUACCACUAGUAAUUGUCUUGCUAAAAUUGUGUCUUAAUAUUCAGUUGAACUACAA